CUUUGAUUCCUGAGAGACUGUGGAUUUGGAAGCAAUUUGUACACAGCUCAUGAGCUCUUGCCUACCGUUGUGAAUCGAGAGGCCUCUCCAGUCGUUCUUUCCCAAAGCAGACAUUGCUUUAUUCUAGAGCUUGGCGCAUCUCACGAGGCGCCCAUUCACUUUCUCCAGAGUCUGGCCAGCGUCACCUUUGAUUCUCUCACUCGACCAAUUAGUAGCAGAACAUUCACAGACAACCAAGAAAUCUCACAACACUCACGCAUUGCGUCCCAUCAACUACAACAUAUCGAGCCUCCCAGCUACCCACUCGAAUACACCUCCCACCAAACACACGACACGAUGCCUCGUCAGACUCAAGACUCGAGCAGAGGCCGCCGCAGUCCACCCACCGAAUCUCCUGUCCCUGAAUCGGACUCUUACCAAAAGCCUUCUCGCAAGCGUAUGAGAGAGGCUGAUUUGCCCUCGAGUAGAGCUCCCAAACGUCAACGCAGUCCCCUCACUAGCAGCACUCGCCGUGACGAUCCCGAUCCUGCCUCUCCACCCCGUUCUCCUCCACGAAAGCGCCCCGGUGCCUCAUCUAGAAUCAGUGUAGCUGCCAGGCAAGCUGCUGAGCAAAAGAGACUACAACGUGAAGAGGAGGAACGGAAACAGGUACAACAAAACAGAGCUACUGUACCCACCGACAUUGUCAGUGCCCAUUAUAAUGCCGUCCCAGAGAGAGGCAGAGACUGGCGAAAGUCCGAAUCAAAGAUUCAGGGUCUACGUUCUUUAAACAAUUGGAUCAAGUCUUGCAUCAUCCAGAAGUUCUCGCCGUCAGACGACAGAGAUCAUCGCCCCAUUGUGCUCGAUAUGGGCUGCGGAAAGGGUGGUGAUCUGCAGAAAUGGCAGUCAGCUCCUCAAACGCCACGCCUGUAUGUCGGUGUUGACCCGGCUGACGUGUCUAUCGAUCAAGCAAAAGGAAGGUACAUCGAGAUGCAGCGUAGGAGGCGGGGUCCCAGAAACGCCAAAUUUCUGGAUGCUCAUUUCUAUGCCCAGGACGCUUUCGGUGUCAGUCUGGCAAACAUUCCCAUAGUCCGCGAGGUCGGCUUUGAUCCUAAUGCUGGCCCGGAUUCUAAUGGUGCCAUUACUGCCCGCUUUACGUCUGGCGGCUUCGAUGUCGUCUCGAUGAUGUUCUGUCUGCACUAUUCCUAUGAGAGUGAAGAGACAGCACGAGGCAUGCUCAAAAAUGUCGCUGGUGCUUUGAAGAAGGGUGGGCGUUUUCUCGGAGUUAUGCCCAACUCGGACGUCAUCCGCAGGAAGAUCGAACAACACAUGAAGGGAGGCGUCAAACCUGAAGAACCAACAAAGGCAGAUUCACCGCCAGCCGGUCUCAAUUACGAUGAUGACGAUGAUUGGGAUCCCGAAAAGCCUUCAGGGCCUGCUACUGCUGGUGAUGAUGACUGGAAUCCUGAGCAGAGUCUCGACCCUCACGCUCAAAACGACGAAGACGACUGGGAUCCGGAAAAGCCACUGGAUCCGCCGCAAGCUGCCGAUGGUGCCAAUGGCGACGAUGACUGGGAUCCGGAAAAGACACUACAACCUACUGCAAACGGCACUGCCGAUAACGACGACUGGAAUCCUGAAGCCCCUAUUGACAAUGCCAUCGCUACUGAAGAGAAGCCCAAGCCUGUCUCAAAAACACCGGCGCUGCCACAAGAACCCCUUGAAUGGGGUAACUCGAUAUACAAAGUGAAGUUCCCCGAGUCGCAACCUCUGCCCUUGGAUGGCAUCUUCAGACCUCCUUUUGGCUGGAAGUACUUUUACUAUCUCGAGGAGGCCGUCGAUGUUCCUGAGUUUGUGGUGCCGUGGGAAGGAUUCCGUGCACUUGCAGAGGAGUACGGAUUGGAAUUGAUGUAUCGCAAGCCGUUCCCAGAGGUGUGGGAGGAUGAGAAGGACGAUUAUGAACUUGGCCCGUUGAGUGAGCGCAUGCGAGUCAAGGACAGGGAGGGUAGAUUCUUGGGUACCAAAGAGGAGAUGGAGGCGGCAGGCUUUUACCACGCCUUCUGCUUCUACAAGAUCUAGGGAGUGGCUAAAGGUCGAGCAGAAAGCAUAUAAUCGAGAGAAGAAUCGCUAGCAAGCUGGUAUUAUUAUUGCUGGAAGCAUUCAUCAGCCCUCCCCAUACCUCGAAGUCGAUCGCGUGUCUUUGACAAUGAUAGUGCAUUGCGACAGAAGAGAAGAGUCGAGAUUGGAGGACACAGCACUUAGCGGAGAAGGGAAGCCACAGCAACAACGAUGGUGACGAGAUGAAGCAGUGCAUUUCAGUAGACGAAUUCGAAGUAUAGUGUUGACAGCAGCCUGAAUCAUGGUUGCUUGAAGUAAUGCAGG